UUGAAACUGAAAGAAAAAAAAGCACUGUAUUAUUUAAGCACGUUUAAUUCAAGUCAAGUUUGAAUUCAAUUCAAGUUUAUUGUCAUAUAUACAGGAUACACAAGUACAAUGAAAGCUAUGUUCCGCUGAGCUACCUACAACAGCGCAGUUUUGAAUAAUGAAAUAGAUAGUAGCGGACAAUAACAAUAAAAGAUAAGAUAAUAAUAAUAAAAAACAAAUAAACAAACGAUAUACACAAUACUCACUGACCAGUGUAAUGAAACAGUGAGGGUAGGCAGUUGCAAGGUGGUUAUAAUACAUGCAAAUGCUGGGCAGUGCAGUCCACAGACUGUAAAGUCGUGAUGUGCAGGAAGGAGGUGGGGGGUAAUAACGGUCCAUUUGAGAAGGGAAGUGUGUGUGUCUGUGUGGGGGGUAAUAACGGUAGUUAUCUGUUCAAGAGCCUGAUAACCUGGAGAUAGAAGCUGUCUCGUAGUCGAUUAGUAUGGGAAGUAAUGCUGCGGUACCGUUUGCAGGUGGUAGCACUGUGAACAGUUUGUGGUUGGGGUGGCCGAUGAUCUUCCUGGCCUUUGACAGGCAUCGUCUGCGUCUGGUGUAGACACGCCACGUGUCAAACUGGUGGGUUUAACUCAUGAGAUUUCAUUACAAUGGCUUGUUGUUCUGUUCCGCAACACUCCAAAGGCUUCGCUCAACAAUUCUAGAAACAGUAAUCCUGCUAAACAGAUCACAACCCAUAAACAGUUUAUGGUAUUUAGGAUAUUAGCCUAUAUAUCCAUCCAUAUUAGUUAUUUUGUUUACUUAAUACAGUGUUGCUGUACCAGUCCAGGGCGGAUUCUAAUGUGGGCGUACUGGAGGAUUAGUGGGAUGACAUACUGCAACAGCUCCGUGUGCUACAUCCAGUGGGUGGUCUACGUCCCCACACUGGUGGUGGGUCUUCCUCUCAACCUGGCAGCCCUGUGGCUCCUCCUCUUCAGGAUCCAGCGCUGGACAGAGUCCACGCUCUACCUCACCAGCCUGGUAAUCAAUGACAGCUUGCUGAUCUUCUCCCUGCCCUUUAAGAUGUACGCCUACAACCACUUGUGGGCGCUGGGGACUGGGUUCUGCACCUUUCUGGAGAGCCUGGUGUUCGUCAACAUCUACGGCAGCAUCAUCCUCAUUGUCUGCAUCUCGGCCGACCGCUACAUCUCCCUGCAGUUCCCCUUUGAGUCCAAGCACCUGCGCUCUCCGCGCAAGGCCGCGCUGGUGAGCCUGCUGCUGUGGGUGCUUGUGUUCUCUGCCACGGCUCCGGUCUAUGACCUGCACAGCAAGGAUGGCAACGCAUACUGCUUCCAGGGUUUCUCAGACGAAACCUGGAACAAGCUGUGGAUUAUCGUGCUCAUGGAGGCCGUGUUUUCCGCCUGCACCGGCGCCAUGGUGUUCUUCUCAGUGCGUGUGAUGCAGAUCCUGAGGAACCUGCGCCGAAGGAACCCGCUAGACCAGAAACUAAGGAACAACAAGUCUGUGAAGGUGGUUCUGACCAACCUGGUGGCCUUCCUGCUGUGCUUCAUCCCCUACCACGUGAUGGCGCUCAUCUACUUCCUGGCCAAGCGCGGGCAAGCGGGCAAAGACAUCAUCACACCACUGCGGGACAUGGUGCACAUCAGCGCGUGCGUGAGCAGCGUCAACUGCCUGACGGACGGGAUGUGCUACUACCUCAUUCUGAAGGAGAACCUGCUAUCAGCCCGGCUGGAGCGACGCCGGCUGUCCACCAGAGGGAAUGUAGAGGGGCUGGGGAAACAGAACCUGCUCCCAGGCAACAGUAAAAAUGUUUUAGACAAAGUCCCAAGAGAAAUGAACCUCAUUGCUCAGAGUGGGGAGGGGUAAACCUAGUAAUGCUUCUUGCUCCUGAUUUGUAGGUAUCUGUCAAUGAUGGAGUAGUGUAGAAUCUUACCAACAGUACUGAAAACUACAGUCACUGCUCCAGGGCCACAAUGGCUAAAGACUGGGACAGUAUUUAACUGUCAACUUUCCCUAAAGAAUUAUUAUUUGAUGUUUUUUAACAUUUACAAAACAUUCCAGAAGGUUUAACUGACUUGAGUUGUGCCACGUGUAUCUAAAAUAAUCACUGAAAUCAACUGACAUUUCAUAUGGAAGGUUUUUCAACUGAAACGACAGAAUUCUCAGAAUGUUACUGCAGUAGAUGUUCUUUCUAAAUGAUAUGUGUAAAUGUCAUUUCCUGUGGUUAGCCCAGUUUCUCCCCGCCACAAAGGUCACUUGUCCCUAGAAGAAAGUGGUGUUAUAGCGUUGGGUCUCCUGCUGAACGCCGUCCCUCUGGGUGCUGCUAAGUCGUCACGGCCUGAGUUCCUCCUCCACCGUCUCCAUGUGCCACCUGGCACUGUCGGCCAGGGUGUUCGUCAAUGCCGCGAGGAGCAAGCGUGCUCUUCAUCACCUUCAUCGCCCUGGACCGGCUGCUGGCCAUGGGUCUUCCCUCUGCUGACAUGGCACCUGCGGACGCCGGCUGAUGCCUGGAAGGCUUAAAGGGCGAGAGAGAGUACGAGAGACUGGGAAAUAGACAGAAAGAGAGAGGGAUUGUGUGUUGGUGUGCCUGCUGAUUGUGGCUGCUGAUCUUGCCAACAUCAACUGCUGUCUGGACCCUCUGUGGUACUACUUUUCUCUUGAUGGAUUUUGGAAGAAGACGCAUCUGACGUCAAGAUCCCUCUUGAUAAAUCCCAUG